UUGCAACUAUUUCAGAUCGAAGAGCUCUAUGGGCAUCAGAGCCGCCACUUUGAUCCUGAGCCAGAUGAUGAAGAAGCUGAAGUCCUGUUACAACGUUGUGGGACGAAUGAAAGUCAUGAAAGGGAUGAUCAUCCGGAAUGGCUUGAUGAUGGCAUUGCCAUGACACUCGAUUCCGUCACCAUUGCUUUCCCAAAUGAUUCGUCGAUACCGCUGGUUUCCAAUCUCUCCAUGCAAAUUGUACAAGGCAAAAAUUUGCUGAUAACAGGUGAUAGUAGUGUUGGGAAAACGUCGUUGUUGCGAGUAUUUGCCGGGCUGUGGAAAUGCGUUAUCGGAAAAUUGGAAAGACAUUGGAAAAUGUGCCCAACCACUCUGUACUUUGUUCCACAAAAAACGUAUUUCCCAAGUGGUGGUUGCAGCUUGCGUCAGCAGUUGGUGUAUCCACUGAAGGCAUUACCGCUUGAAAAAGGUAACUUUCUAUCACAGACAUUCUUUCGUUUGUUCAUUCUGAAAGCUUCGGAACUUCCCAUAUGUUCUGGAAGCUCUUAAAA